AAAAAAAAACCCGUCUAAUUACGGAUAGGAAAGGUAUCUGUCCUUGAAAGCAAAUGAAAGACUUGUUUGUAAAUUGUAAGAAAGCUUCAACUACCACAAAGGAAUAAGAAAAGCAAGCUAACCAAACCAAUAUCUUUCUAUUCCUUGAGUAAACUCCAAGCUUUCUCUAUUUUUCCUCUUCUUCUUCUUCUUCUUCUUCUUCUUCUUCUCUCUUGGUUUUUCCAAACUCUACUAUUGCUCCGCCAUGGAAAAACAUCUGUAUGGGUUCUUACUAAUUUUCUCUAUUAUAAUCUCCCUUGCUCUUCUUUCUUUCGUUUCUUGCAUUCUUGCAGAGUUCAAGAAAGCCAAGAAGGAAGAAGUCAGGUUGGAUAAUAAACUAUGUUAUUUGCCUGAAAGUAGGGCUUUUGGCUUUGGAAUUGCAGCGUUGGCAUUCUUGGUCAUUGCUCAAGUCAUAGGGAAUAUGAUAAUUUGCCGGAAUUUUUGGUUGAGAAAAGAAGGAAUUACUUCCAAGACAAAGAGACCCAACUUAAUUACCAUUGCAUUUCUGGUUUUGUCCUGGAUGAGCUUUGGGGUUGCAGUGAUUAUUCUAAGCGCAGCCACAAGCAUGAGUAGAAAGCAGGAGUAUGGAAAGGGAUGGUUGGACCAAGACUGCUAUAUAGUCAAAGAUGGAGUGUAUUUUGGGUCUGGAAUUUUGGUUCUGCUUUGUAUAGCAGCCACACUUGCCACUUCCUUUCUCACCCUAAAUAAACCACAGCCUCAGCAACCUUCAAGGAUACAUCAUGCACAAGUUCUAUAAUAUCACAGCACAAAACGACAUGAGCAGAUCAAUUCUAUUUUUUGGAUGAACCCCACACGUAACAUCAUCUAUUAAACACAUUCCCAAUUUUCUCUAGCCCUUUCCUAUGCCAAAUGAAAUAAUAUCCAAUACCCAUAAAAAAAAAAAAAAAAAAAAAAAAAAAAA